GGGAGGGAGGAGGGCGGCAGUCAGAAACAAGCAAACUAAAAUUCUGCACUAGGAGACAGUCGUGCCAGAGCUGGAUGUGAUCUGCGCGCACAUUUCGCCUCAGUGCAGCUCGAAGUGAAACACGUUCACACCUGCAGAUAACAAAGAGGAGCAGAGUUCCCAUUCUGGAUAGGUGCUGCAACAACAACUCCAAAAAAACAAAAACGCACCCACACUUCACCAGCACCGCGGCAACUCAAGGUGGAUGCUGUCAUGCCAUUCGGGUGCCUUGCCCUGCGAGAUGGGCGGACUUACAACAGCAUAUCUGAAAUCACCGACAAAUAUGAGAUUGGACAGGUCCUCCGAGCGAAGGAGUUCUGCGAGCUGUGCCUGGCUAAGGACAGACAGACAGACAAGGUCUUUGUCUGUAAGAAAUUCCUGAAGAAAGACGGUAGAAAAGUCCGCAAGGCUGCCAAGAAUGAAAUCAUGAUCUUAAAAUUGGUCAACCACCCAAACAUCCUGCAGCUGAUAGACACCUAUGAAACCCGGAAAGAAUACUUCAUCAUUCAGGAACUUGCCACAGGAGGAGAUGUAUUUGACUGGAUUCUGGACCAAGGCAAUUACACAGAGAGAGAUGCUUCCAAUGUCAUCAGACAAGUGCUGGAGGCUGUGGCGUACCUGCACUCCCUCAACAUAGUUCACAGAAACCUGAAGCUGGAAAACCUGAUGUACUACACAGAAAACAACCAUAAUAAAGUAGUUCUGCGAGAUUUCUACCUGUCCAGAUUUGAGAAUGGACCCAUCACAGAGCCCUGUGGAACACCAGAAUAUCUUGCUCCUGAAGUGGUGGCCCGUCACAGAUAUGGCCGCCCAGUGGACUGCUGGGCUGUGGGUGUCAUUACAUACAUACUUUUAUCUGGAAAUCCUCCUUUUUAUGAUGAGACGGAGGAGGAAAACACAGAUCUGCAUAAUCGCAUCAUCUUCUGCCGCAUUGUUGCUGGUGACUUUGAGUUUGACUCACCCUACUGGGAUGACAUUUCACCAGCAGCAAAAGAGCUUGUCUGUCGACUCAUGGAGGUGGACCAGAUGCUGAGAAUCACAGCGCAGGAUGCACUUUGGCAUGAGUGGAUUGCUGGAAAUGGUGCGGCGGAGAAGAACCUAAAGGAUGGCGUAUGCGCCCAGUUUGAAAAGAACUUUGCUAAGGCCAAGUGGCGGAAAGCGAUCCGUGUCACCACCUUCAUGCAACGACUGAAGAAUUCAGAAGCAUUGAUUGACAGUUCGGCAGAGGUACAGAGUGGUGAAGAGGCAGGGGAAGGAAAAAGAAGGAGUAUUUCCCAGGAGACUAAGGAUGAGACUCAGGUAGAAAAAGAGGCUAGUAAAGGAGGGGUGAUGCCAAGUAAUGUGUCUUUAGAGGUAACUGUUGAAUGUAGACCAGCACGUGUAGAACAGGACAAAGGAGUGAUGAAUGUAGAAGAUAAGCGCGAUGAGUCUGUAGGAACAUCCCCAACACAUCUUCAAGAGUCUCUCUGUCAGCAAAGCCAGUCAAAAAUACUCUCGAAAUUUACAGAGGAGGGAGCUGAGGCUGGGGCAAAGAAACAAACAGUUGAUGGCACAAAAAAAGUAGCUGCUAAUUUAAGUCAAACUAAACCUGUGUCAGAAUCCAAACCAACCUCUGCACUGACCCCUGAAUCCUGCAAGCUGUCAGAUGGUUCCUCGAGUGAUCACGUUGAUAGAAAGCAUACAUCCAACUCGCCUGACGGUGGCAAGCAUAAGAUUGCUGCAACUCUCCACGGCCCUCCAACCACGGCCGCUGCUGCUGCAUCACUUUCAUCUGAGAAGAGGUUCACCACACAGAGAGACCAGAAGGAUGAGUCUGAUGGAAGCUGGUGUCAGACCCAAUUACCCGAGUCAGUGGCCGAGAGGUCAGUGGUAGCCUUGGGCACGCCAGGGGUGGUCACUGCAGGUGGAGUAGCGGUAGAAGCUGCAGUGAAGUUGAGAAAUGAACCCAGUCCAGAGGUUACAGUGGACAGUGAUGCUAGGAGGACAGAAAGACACAGUAAUGAGACUAGAAUAUCUCGGGCAGGUGCAACAGCAGGACAUGUUUGUUAUUCGGUGGGUAGCUCAGGCAGCUUAGGCCGUCACACCACAUCAUUCAACCCAGAUGUUGGAGCUGUAGGGCUGGGAGUGGCAGGGAGCUACGGGAGUCCAUACAGCUCUCUCUAUACAAGCAGAGGAGGUGUAGGGAUGUAUGGCACUGGCCUACAGCAUGGAGGAAGCGUAAGCAGCGCAACAAGCGACUGGCAAAUGGACAGUGUGAUCGAGCAAAUAGAGAAGCAGAUGGCUGCUGUGCUGGAGAGAAUUGAGGGAGACAUGCCCUCACUGCUAGAGCAAAUCAGUGACUGCCCCCCUGAACUGCCACGUGCCAGAAGCGCCCAUGCAUCACCCGCCACCCCCCGCGCACGCUCCUCACACCACUCCUCGACCACAACCUCAUCCACUCCUCCACCCCUUCCCACCUCUCCCAGGCCUGUGCUGCCUUCCCUACCGCACCUUACUAUCCCUCCACCUGCUUAUCCUCCACCAUCCCCACCUACACAAGCCUCGAGCCAGUCCGCAGGAGAGCAGGAGGACAGGGGUGGACCGAAGGGCGCUGCUCGGUCUAGCCAGUCGCCCGGGGCUGGAAUGGGUGGGGGGUUAUGAAGCAGAUUUUCAUGGUGCAAUACAGAAGGUUGAAAGACUCGGCUCACCCAAAACUGUCCGAAAUUACUUCACACACACCAUCUCAAGUAGAAAGGUAGCCAUGUAAUAUUUGUGAUUUGCGUAUGUUAUCAUGCUGAGAUAUUAAAGUUGACUUAAUUUUUUUUAAAUGUACAAAGUGAUUGAGUUUUGUCAUGGCUGGAAUGAAUGAGCAAGAGUCUACUGCAGCUCUUAUGGCAGUUUCAGGAAGAAAGAUUUCAAAAUUUUGUUUGCAUCCCAAAUCCAGAUUAUAUGCAUAAAACGUUCACCACACAACGCUCCUCAUAUAGCCAAGCACUCCACAUAGGUUGAGAGAUAUUCACUCUGCACAAUUUAGAACAGCAUGGCACCAUAAAUGACAGGGAUUAAGUUUCUAAGGAAGCGUUACGAGUUGUUGUAUCCUACAAAUUGUAAAUACACACAUGAUGUUUCUUAUUUUUAUUCGACUACACUGUUGUAAAUUUCUUUAUGCUUAUACUGCCGCUUAUUCAAAAACCAUAUCACCCCAUUUCAUUACUUUUACGUUCCUUUAUUUUUAUGUAGCUAUCCAUUCCAGAGUAAGGCUGCGGGUGUCACACGGUUGUACAGAUCAUAAAAUUGAGGCAACAAAUUUACAGGGUUUCCUCCAUGGAUGUGGUUUUAUUAUAUAUUGUGUAGGCUGUUUAAACAUCGUCAUCAACAUCUGUGUUUUCAUUUCUUAUAGGAUAUGCACCGCAAAAGCAGGAGGAAACAUUAAAUGUGAGAUGGUUCUGUAAUAACACUUUUUUCUUUUUCUUUUUUUAGAAAACAUCACAAAAAUGCAAUAUAUAUAUAUUUUCCAAGAAGUUUGUUUCACGUUUUGUCUGAUUUGUAUUUGUUCACUUGGGACUGUUUUUUGGACAGUGCUGUCUAUUUUCUCCUUUUCAGCUUCAAAUGUGCAAAAACAAAUAACCAAAUCAGCAACACUUGCUAAAUUUCAUGCAGCUUUUGGAUAUAUGUAGUAAAAAAAAGAGGUUCCAUGUUGUUGUCCUGACCAAGUCUAGACAUCUGCUCUACUUCUGUCUUUAUGUAAAGUGUGUUCUGUUUGCAAGGCUUUCAAUAAAAGUCAUGAAUCAAG